AUGCUGGGUGUUUCGACCAUUGGCCAGCUGUUGAAAAGCCGUGCUCCGACCACCGUGACCGCGUUACGAUGGAAUUGUCCAUGGCACAGGAAUAACUGGCGUCCGCACAUUUUCCCCUUCAGAAUGAAGGAACGACUGGAAAGAGGUAGGUGAUAUUGGUGUUAUUUUGGAGCAGAGAGAAUGGUCGAUAAUAUAGAAGGGUGUUUUUGAGGUUAUAAAGUGUUGCCUUAAAGGUAUAGACAAAAGUUUGCGGAAUUUUGGGGAAAAUUUAAUGUUUUUUGAGGAAAAUUGAUCAAUAUUGAUAGAAAUCUUUUAAAGCUGGGUCUGGAAUUAAAAUUAAAACGUGGUGCGGUAUUAAUGUUACCUUUUAAAGGUCAUACCGCCUUGAAAAAACUUUAUUUUGGCUAAGAAAACAUUAAAAACUCGGCCGAACUUUAAUUUCUCUCUUUUUUCGUCAAAAAAAUAAAGAAAAAUGGAUUUUUUACCUAAUUUUCAAGCCGUUUUUAAAAUAUUUUUGAUCAUAAAACUAUCCUUGAUGAUUUAAGGUAGUCUGGAAGCCCGUUUAAGCACACCCGGAGGCCGUUCGAUGGUGAUGCGCCGUGUUCUCCGUGAACAACCCUUCCUCGGCUGGAACCACGACAAUUACCCAAAGAAGCAACGACUUUCCUACCCAUUAUAA